AUGCUUGCGGAUGCGAACCUGGAGAAUGCUUCACCUGAACUUGUACCUGCCGAAGAAGCAGCUACAGAACGUACAGGACUACCUCUGCUGCUCCCGGCAACGGGAAGCCGAGCAGGGGCACCAGAGACGCACCUAGGUCAACAGUCGUACCCUCAAGCAGUGAACUUCGCUAACAUGUCCAUGCAUGAUGGUCGGAACCUCAGCAUGGCGGCGAACUUCUUUUCGCAGACGAAUGUGUUUCAUGUUCAUGAUGAGAACCGAGCACGUCUUAGGACGGAGCUAAGUUUCUUAGAGAUUGAAGCGGAGAGAAGGCACACACUGGCCAUGGAAGAACAGGCCCGUGCAAAUGAACAAGGUGUUUCGAACCUUGAGGAACUCGCCGAAAGAGUACAUGCUACUCGAAUGGCAUCGUGCGAAGAGCGAUUCGCGAGGUUCGAACAACGGUCAGCCACCAGGGAACUUGGAUUAAUCGAAGAGCUUGACGAAAUGCAAGCCCGAUUUGCAAGCAUUGAGCAAAACGUUUCACAAUCAGAGGCGCUCCUCGCCCAAAGGAUGCAAGAGCAGUAUCAUCAACAACUCAACAGUUUUGCUGCACAACAAUCGCAGUUCCUCCUCUCGGAGUUCGAAGAAAACUUCCAGGUCUACCAAAGAACCGAAAGGGAAGAAUUCGACGCGAUGUUGGAUGCUGCGAAAGAACAGCAAGACGAAAUUGAGGACAAGCUGUUGGCCACUGAAAGGGCACUUAGGUUCGCAGAAGAAUCGCAACAACAACAAGCCCCUGUGCUUCCUAGUGCACCUUCUGCACCGAACGUGGUAACGCCAAACAUGUUGAGCUCUAGCAUGCGAGGACUCCUGGCCCAGAUGAAUCCAGGUAACACAACUGCACAACAGCCCCAAGCUGGUGCAACUGCAGCACCCACAUGGGAGGUCGACUUCAAGGGUGGAGUGUUAAUCAGACACCAUCGCGUGGAGAGAACAGGCUGGUUUGCACCAGGCAGCGACUGCCCGAUCAAUGUCCGGCGACUUAAGAGCAAGGUUAGGGUAGAGAAAAUCUUCCCAGAGUACCCUCGCUUUGCUGCAGUGGCAUGGAACUGGAGGAAGACUGCCCCGGAACCCUCCUCUAGGGCCUGGGUAGGCAAGUCUACUUUCAAGAUAGAGCCACUGAAGGUCACCUUCUGUGAUGAACCUGUCAUGAAGGCCAUUCCUGUGGAAGGUGAUGGCUUCAGGCACAUCAGGAGGAAACGUCGUUUCAGCGUGGCUUACGCCACCGCCGAGGACUGCCCCAAGCCGAGCAUGAAAGAACAGAAUCGUGCCAGGAUCGAAGCUAAGCAACUUGAGGCAUUGGUGAUCAGCAUGACGAACGAUGUACCUACUAAGUGCAUAGUGCCCGGCCUAGAGUUCCUAGCCGACACUGGUAGCGAGGAAGACCUCAUUAGCAAGGAGGAUCUGAGGAUUCACUACCCGAGCGUCGAGGUCAAAACUGCAUCAAGGCCUGUGAGUCUAAUCACAGCGAAUGGCCCAGUACUCGGGGAUCAAUCUGUCAAAGUCGACAUCCCUGAACUGAGCCUCCCAGUUGAGUGUUAUCCACUGGAAAGCACUCCUCCUGUCUGCUCUGUCGGGCGAAGAUGCAUGGAUGAGGGUUAUGACUUCCACUGGCAUGCGGGGAAGGUCCCUUUCUUUGUCACUCCCGACGGCAGGAAGCUGAAGUGCAAACUCAAAGGCAGGGUCCCUGUGAUCGCAGAAGGCUCUGUUGCCACUCCAGCUAUCGAAGAGGAGAGUAACAUUGUCUCCCCGGUGUUCAGCCAGGGGGGUGCCGCCGAUCGCCAUUUCCAAAGAACAGCUAAGCAAAACGGGUUGGACUGCGAAUGGUCCAAGAUCGAGAACAAGGUCGACAUGAGAGAGCUUCCGCAAAAGGUUGCUAAGUUCGAAGAGCCGACCAUCCUCUCAAUUUCGAUCUUCGAAAGACCACCCGACAAUCCCGAACCUGAACCUGAUAGUGAUCACGAUGAAGCGCCCGAUGACGUAGGAGGACCUCCGUCGCUUGAUGAUCAGAAUUGUUUUGAGCAGCACAAGCCUACUGACCUCAACGAAGAUGAUCUCAUCGAACAGCUUUUUGCCGACUACGUCCCUGAAGGAGAAGAGGACCCGUUGGAUGAGCUCGAUCGGAAAUGCGCCGAAAUCGAUGCUAGGGAGAAGGAAAACAAAGAGGUACCACAGGGAUACAAUUGGGAUGGCGUGAGACUUGUCCGAAACAGGACCCAGCGUGAGGCCGACAUCGAAAGGUAUCGCAGGAAGGUUGAACUUGAAGAAGCCGAAGAACAGGGAAAGCGUAGGGAUGCUGCCCCAGCAAUGCCCGUUGGACCUAGGGUCCAGGAACCUCAUCGCGAGAAGCUCAGCCGAAUGUACUUUGAUAAGCUCUGUGAGGUCGCUCAGCUCCAGUACGCACUUGUUGCUAGAGUUGUAUCACAAAAGGAGAUCAACAGCAACAUUGAUGCCCAAGCUGCACUGGUCAAAGAGUGGCAAAAGCUUGUUGAUAAGCAGUGCUGGUUGUCCGAGAAGGUUCGUGAGUACUCCGAUGUUGCUAGUGAAGCCCAGAAGAAAGGGGUGAAAGCACAUUUUGGCAGGAUCUUUGAGAUUUGCAGCCUUAAGGGGUCCGAGCUACCGAAAGGGCACCCAGAUCGCAAGUGGAAGGGCCGAAGCGUAUUCCAGGGCAACCGGGUUUCCGACGAACACAACGAUCAUGCCAUCUUUGCAGAACUCGGAUCUAGCCCCGCUAGCAUGGAGGCCGCAAAGGUGAUUGACGUUUUCGGAAGUCAGCCUGGCUACAGCAAGCAGCAGGCCGAUGCUCGUCAAGCAUACACGCAGGCCCUGUUCAAAGGCGUCGAGACGUGGGUGAGGCUGCCUAGAAACAGGUGUUGCGCCCAUGCCCCUGGCCGUUUGUGUGACCUUGUGCUGCUUAUCGGCUUUGCAAUCCCUGCAAGAACUGAGCGUGUCGAGGUAGGAAAGGGACGCACGUUGUCCUUCGACCUACACCUACAUUCAGGCAAGCCAGCAGUGGCUACGGACCUUCUGGCUGCGAUCCAGCCCUUCCCGGACAAUUGCCAGCAUGGCAUCCUUCAGCUGGAGGCAACUCGCUACUCCGUUCGCAAGAGUCUGCUCCUCGAGGGAGAGUGCACUAUCAAGGGCCAAGCCGGAACGAUCUUGGAGCUUGAAGCGCCAAUCACGACCCAGGGGAACUUGCACCUCACAGGAAGCUUGGAGAUUGCAGGGCACCGGCAGCUCAAAAGCGCUUGUCUGACCGUCGAGGGCAACAUGUCCAUCAAAAUGCACACCUUGGUGGUCAAGAACUGUCAUAGCAAAGGGGAGGGUGGUGCUCUCCAUGUGUCCGGAAAUCUGCUGGUUGUAGGUGGGAAGCUGACUUUCCAGGAUUGCCAAGCGAGGUUGCUCAUGCUAUGCUACAACUGGACAACUCAUUUCGCUGCUACGGAUGCCUGUCUGAUACCCAGCGACGUGAUCUUGGAAAGUUCCAAUGUAAGCUUUGCUAGGUGCAAGGCUGGGACAAGCGGUGGGGGUCUGUGGCUCGGCGACGGCAAACUCAAUGUUGUUGGCGGGAUGCUAAGCUUCAACGAAUGCAGGUCCAAAGAUUUCGGCGGAUGCCUAAACGUGGUCAAGGGCGGCGGCCGAUCGAUUCAAAACGCUGCGAUACAGCUCAGCACGACCACCGCGAUUUUCAGAGACUGCACUGCAGGUGAAAGCGGGGGAGGCCUGCGUAUUGGUGAGGGCAGCCUUUUUCUGGCGAACACGUCUGCACAGUUCAUGAACUGCAAAGCCUUCCAUGGCUACGGUGGGGCGGUGUUUCUAAAGAAGGGGUACCCCGUAAGUGCUGCCACCAGAAAUGGUGGCAUUUGGCUGCAUCAUUCCAGAACCACCAUCCAGGGAUGCACCGCUGGAAUGAGCGGCGGUGGAUUCGGCAUAAACUGCGGAAGCCUCUGGGUUGUGGGCGGUGCGAUCAACUUUGAUGACUGCGCUGCUGUCCGUAGUAGUGGUGGUGCAUUGCGCAUCUCAAAUGGUGAUGCAUGGCUGGGUGACUCGCAGGCAAGCUUUGCCGGGUGUUCAGCCAAGCUCUUUGGUGGAGCCGUGUCGGUUGCAAAUGGCAAAAUCAAGCAUGAAGGUGGUACAGGCUCUCUAGAGUUCCGACGAACUUCUGCGGGUCGCGGGUCUGCGCUGUAUGUUUCCAAUGGGGCCAGCUUGCGAACAGUCCACGUUGAGGACUGCAUUGACUCGUCGGAAACUCCUCUGGCGGUUGACGCGGGCAACGUCACCCUGGAUAGGCUUGCCUUUGUCUAUGGCAGCUCGCGCUUGGUUUAUGUCCAGGCAGGGGACCACUUGGAUGCUGUCGAGAUGGAUUGUGCGCAAGUGGAUGGUUGUCAGAAUGUUGCUUGGCAGCUGGUUGUUUGGUGGCCAGGUGUUUCUGUUCAAGGGACCUUCAAAGCACCGACAUUUCAGCUCCUCCUGGCCAAGAAUCCGACGUGUAUGCGCUGCCCGAUGAAUACGAGAGUCUGCAAUAGCACCUAUCUGGAGAUGAAGCCAGGCUUCAUGAUCGAAGUGCCUCCGGACAUGUCCAGUCUGACCAGCACCUCAGAGCUCCAUCGCCUUUCGCACGAUCACCACUGCCCAAAUAUGGCUGCAUGUCCGGGAGGUCACGCUGCUUCCACCGGACAGUCGCCCAUGUGCUCGGAAGCUUAUACCGGCGUCGCGUGCGGUUUGCCCAGUCCCGGCUAUGGACUGUCUGAUGCAAGCCCCGGAGUCUACAUCAGAUGUCCUUCCACAUGGCCAACUUGGUGGUUCCAAGUUCUGUACAUGGCAUCAACCAACAUCAUGAUUUUUUUUGUGGCGAUGCGUGGGGCCUUCGUGGCAAAAAAGGGUCGCAAGCGCAGCGCCGUUCUGCUGAACCAAGCCAUGUCUUUUGCCACUGUCUCGGCAAGUUGCCUGUCAGCAGUGAUGCAGACGAGGACAUUUGGACUUCUCCGACGAGGAAUCCGAGACGCCUGGUUCUGGUCGGAGUUGUUAGUGGAGUUUUUGCAGGGAAACAGCAACAACAAUGGCAGUUCAAUGGACUGCGUCGGAGCUUUCCUUGGCCUACCAAGGGAUCUACAUUUCGUGUUUGUCAUGAACGCGGCAUUGCCAACACUUUUGGUUACCUUGGCCUGCUUCGUGGACCCAUGGCUUUCCAUUGUGAUUGGCAGCAACUGUUUUCUGCCCGCAGUCUGUGGAAGCUUAGGACGCUUCUUGGUGUUUUUUCGCACAAGCCCGGACACCAAGUUGAUCCAGCCAAAUCUUCCUCAGGGUUUUCCUGGGGCCCCACUGCUCGUGCCUUUCCUGAUAGCUUUCUGUUUUGCCGGCGUGAUUACGUUGUGGAGCUGGGCUGCGCACUCCAAAGCUGACCCAAAGCCUACCCAUGUGGCAUUCCUGACGAGUGCGUACAAGGAGCAGUUUGCCGCCUUCGAGACUGAGCGCCUAGUGCGAAAGAUGCUUCUCAUGACCUUGCGCAUGAUUUGCCCCAUUUCCUGGGCACCUGCUCUACAGCUCACUGGCACGAUGGUCGUUCUGGCUCUUGCGCUCGCGGCUUACCUGAAGCUGCAGCCGUACCAGGAGGACUUCUUCAACCUUCUUGAGGCCAAGCUUCUCUUGUCCAGCCUGGUGAUGAGCGCACUUGCUUCUUGUGUGGUGGCCCAGGAUCUUUAUCCGUGGUCCAGAAGUGACUGGCUGGAUGUUUUCAUGGUCGCAGUGAUCGGCAUGUUGGCAACAUUGGGAGGCGUCAUGAUGAUGCUUGCCAUAGGUGAAGCCAUGCUCGAGGAGCGCCAGCACGAACAGCAGGAGCAAGAGUAG